GUCCAGCCAUCGCGUCCUCUCCUCCUAAGCCGCAUUGCUACCACCAACAAUCCACAAGCCUCUCUCUAAUGCAUACAUCACGGCAGCACGAUUUAGACACAGCUUCGGUUACAAUCACAAUCCAUCACCAUCAGUAGCCUCGAGGCGAAUUUCAAAAGGAGGAAUAACAGUAAUGGCCUCAAGCGGCGCGCCGACACACCCAAACUUCCCAUCAAGACCCUACUCCAGCACCUUUCCACCCAAAGCCCCCGAACGCAACGGCCCAGCAUUCGGAGCCUCAUCACACACCGCAUCGCGCGACACCGCCCGCAUCGAGCGCGAAAGACAGGAGCGCGAGCGCGCGCAACGAGAAGCAGCUGGCGCUCCGGCGCCAAACCCCUACAACAUAACAGACGAGCAACGAGACGAGAUCACAGAAGCGUACGGGCUCUUUGACGUGGAUAAAGAUGGUAGGAUAGACUACCACGAGUUCAAAGUCGCGCUCAAGGCAUUGGGCUUCGAGCUCCCCAAAUCCGAGAUCCUCGCCCUCCUCGUCGCACACGGUAUACCGCCCGAUCCGGCGACGAAGAAAUCGCGUGGGAUAAUAGGAGGAGGAGGAGGCUCGAAUCGAGAUCCUGUGCCUCCGGGGCGAUUAGUCCUUACGGUCCAGGCAUUCCUCAGUAUAGCGGCGAAGUUAAUAAGUGAAAGGGAUCCAAGAGAAGAGAUACUAAGGGCGUUUGCGCUGUUUGACGCGGACGAUAAAGGGAUCAUAAGUUUAGACGAUUUAAGGAGGGUGUCGAGAGAAUUGGGCGAGGGUUUGGAGGAGGAUGAAUUAGUGGCGAUGAUCGAUGAAUUUGACCUAGAGGGGAAAGGGGGCGUUGGGAGGGAAGAGUUCGUGGGGAUUUGUAUGGGUUGACGGAGAAUCCUUUCGAAUAUCUGGCAGCACAUCGGGCUCGAAUACGUGAAUAUCAAGAAGCGAACAGUCAAAUUCUGACCAACUGGGCACGAGUACAACACCAUUCUGGGCGACGGUCAUGCUAUGCUUGGGUCAAAAGUGAUAUCACAAAACGAACGUGAACAUUGGGCAAAUGGCACAGGCAACAAUAUGUUCAUGAGGUAAGCCAUGCG